CAGCCUAAUCCACCUCACAGUGUUGUUGUCAGGAUGAAAUUGGGAAGGAGAGAACCAUGUUUGUAUGCUACCUUGAACUCCUUGGAGAAAAGGUGGGAUAUAAAUAUAAUACAGUAAUUAAAAACCCCCAGUAAGAUCUAAAAUGAAGGUUGAGAGGAUGUCAGAAUAGCCAUUUGGAGAUGCAGAGGGGAGCAGAGUCUACUCUAGCAAAAUGAAGUUCAAAAGGGAGAGGGCUACGGCUAGAACAGGGUUAUCCUCAAGUAAACUGAUUAAAAAGUAAAGGUUCCCCAUAGCUUAACAAAUACCUGUGCACAUGCCCACAAGAGACCUCAGGUUUCUGGAACUCAGGGUGGGUGAGAAAGUACUAAUUGAGGGGAGGGAACGGUAACAAACAGGGCAAAUAAUUGAAAAUGCUGUUCUGGAUGAAGAUGCACAAAUACACAUUCAGAAAUAACAGUCUGCGUAUGCAUGAGUGCAUAGUGUGGAGACAAAUUCUUAAGCUUUGUUUCAAGAUCCAUACUGCAAUCCUAUAUACACUUACUUGGGAGUGAUUCCAUUGCAUUCAUUUGAAUUUAUCUCAAAUAGAAUGUACAGUUUCAUUAGGUUUAGGAACAGGCUUAAGAGGAAAGAUAGGUCAUGAGGAGGGAUUCGAGGUAAGAGAGAAAGGUAGGGUUGCCAUAUUGCCCGGUUAUCCGGGUUUUACCCGGAUUCUUUGCAUGCCACCCAGCGCCUGGCUAGCUCCUUAGGUGGCCUGGAUUCUCAGCUUUAAUUUAAAAAAACAAUUAAGUUUCUAGGUGGUCCGGUUCUCAAGAUAUACAUAAAAACGUCAGCCACUCCCCCGACUGUUAAAUCUUUCUUUAAACAGUACAGUACUAUAGCACUUCGUAGCUUUAACCCCGCCUGUUCAGGAUUGCAGCCAAUCAGUGAAGCCAGGAUUGUGUUUCAGUUUCAUUGACCUGAGGCAGUGUCUAGAAAACAAAAUGGUGGUUUCCCCCCGUUUAUCUGAAAAUCUCAUAAAUUGGUAUAGAGCAAAUGCUGGCGUCCAACCCCGGCAAGACCCCUAUCAGCCUGCUGCAGGAGUAUGGGACACGCAUAGGCAAAACACCCGUAUACGAUCUACUGAAAGCCGAGGGACAAGCACAUCAGCCCAACUUCACCUUUCGCGUCUCUGUUGGCGACAUCAGCUGCACUGGACAAGGCCCUAGCAAAAAAGCAGCCAAACACAAAGCAGCAGAGGUGGCACUCCGGCUUCUGAAGGGAGGAAACAUGUUGGAGCCAGCAGCACUGGAAGAACCCAGCUCUCCUUUCUCUCUAGAGCCCUUGGCUCAGACCACCUCUCCAGUCGCCACGCCCGUACCCACCUUGCCGGUUGCGUCUCCCAGAAGUUCCCCACUGGAUAUGAAGUCCCCAGUACCAUCACAGCAGUCAGAGUGCAAUCCAGUUGGGGCCCUGCAGGAGCUGGUGGUACAGAAAGGUUGGCGGCUCCCUGAAUACACAGUGACUCGGGAGUCAGGACCAGCACACCGCAAGGAAUUUACUAUGACCUGCCGUGUUGAAAGGUUCAUUGAAAUAGGCAGUGGCACCUCCAAAAAAUUGGCCAAGCGCAAUGCUGCAGCAAAGAUGCUGGUACGGAUUCAUAAUGUGCCCCUGGACCCGCGAGAGGGCAGUGAGGCUGAAGUAGAGGAAGACCAGUUCUCUAUUAUUGCAGGAAACAAGGUGGACGGAGUGAAGGGUCGAGGGUCUGGCUGCACCUGGGACUCUUUGCGUAACUCAGUGGGAGAGAAGAUUCUGCACCUGAAAAGCCACCCGCUGGGGGUGCUGAAUGCUGGGUUCUGUAGCCUCUUGCAGGAGCUCUCUGAAGAGCAGAGCUUUGUUAUUAGCUAUCUCGAUAUUGAUGAGAUGAGUUUAAGUGGCCUGUACCAGUGCCUGGUGGAGCUCUCUACACAGCCAACCACAGUCUGCCAUGGGUCAGCCCCUUCCCGCCAUGCUGCCCGCGCAAUUGCUGCCCGCAAUGCCCUUCAGUACCUCAAGAUCAUGGCAGGGGGCAAGUGAGGCACCCUGAUACCACUGAAGACUCUGGGCAGCUGGGAAUUCCUAAACAGCUUGUCUCCAUCUUCCUGCCCGCUAAAGGAUGCACCCAUUUUUUCCCGAUCCAUGAAUUGGCAGGGGCACAGACUUGCAAGGGUGGCAGAAGAAAUCCCCCUGAUGUCCUGCGGGGUGGAGAUGGGUUAUAAUUUCAAACUGGAAUCUAGACUUAGAGAGGGUUUCCUGUCCCUGCAGCAGAGGACAAAGCUUGUGGAGACUUAUCGUUCUGAGCACUAGGUGCUAGGACUGCCCAGCUGGAGGUCAGGGUAGUCCCGCCUCUCUGUGGCUCACCUGAUGUCCGUCACUCUGUUUUUUCCUCGUUGUGGAGGGACAAACAUUGACCAAUUCUGCCAUAAUUGGGGGUUGCAAUAAACCAGAUUUUUAAUAAGAA